UUAUUUUUUAAUAUAGUAACUGGAACUUUUGCAUUUAUUUCUCUGGGACCAACUUGGCCAUUCAUUUCCAAUUCCGUAUCUUUCACCAAGAAGAAACACAGAGAGAGAGGUUUGUCUUAUCUUUCACAAAUUUCAUUGGCUCUGGAAGGACCAGCAAUUAUCAUUAUCAACCACCAUUCAUGGCAGUUUCUCCACCUCACAAAUUUUGUAACAUGUGAAACCCCUUAUCAUCUCCUUCAAUCCAUCUCCAACUCUGCUAGUAAUUCCAUUGUUAUUUUCCCACCUGUUCGUAGCAAUUUCUUACCAUCUUUUUCUUUUUCUCUUCAAUAAUGGAAAGUGGUAAUUCAGAGAGGAGGAAUUCCAAUGCCCAGUUGUUGGAAGAACUUGAAGCACUCAGUCAAUCUCUAUACCAAUCCCACACUUCGGCUACUCGAAGAACAGCUUCUCUUGCUCUACCUCGAAGUUCAGUCCCUUCAAUCUCAUCCAACGAUGAGAUUGGCACAGCCAAGAUUGAUGCUAGACCCAACAAGCCUCGGAGACGUUUGUCACUGUCUCCAUGGCGUUCUCGUCCGAAGCUUGACGACGAAAACGAGCAGAAGGAUCAAGACAGGGCAAUACCAACAAAGCAGCCAGAGCUCAAGGAGUUGGAUGAAAAACCAACUUCAGCAGAAAAGAAAGGAAUUUGGAAAUGGAAGCCAAUUCGUGCUCUUUCACAUAUAGGAAAGCAUAAACUAAGCUGCUUGUUCUCUGUUGAGGUUGUCACUGCACAAGGACUACCAUCUUCAAUGAAUGGUCUUCGGCUUUCAGUUUGCGUAAGGAAGAAGGAAACAAAAGAUGGUGCAGUUCAAACAAUGCCUUCAAGGGUUUCACAAGGUGCUGCUGAUUUCGAAGAGACUUUGUUUGUUCGUUGCCAUGUGUAUUGCAGUCCAAGCAAUGGAAAGCAGCAGCUGAAAUUCGAGCCACGACCAUUCUGGAUAUACUUGUUUGCUGUUGAUGCUGGAGAGCUUGAUUUUGGAAGGAGUUCAGUGGAUUUGAGUCAGUUGAUUCAGGAAUCCAUUGAAAAGAGCCGCGAAGGUACACGAGUUCGACAAUGGGAUACGAGUUUCAAUCUUUCAGGGAAGGCAAAAGGAGGAGAACUUGUUCUGAAACUGGGUUUCCAGAUCAUGGAAAAAGAUGGUGGAAUUGGAAUUUAUAGUCAGCCUGAAGAAAGGAAAUCAGGUAAAUCAAAAGCUUUCUCACCUACGUUUGCCCGAAAGCAAUCAAAGACAUCUUUUAGUGUGCCUAGUCCUAAACUGUCUAGCAGAAAAGAAGCUUGGACUCCUUCACAAUCAGGAAUCACAGCGGAUCUUCAAGAAAUUGAUGAUUUGAACCUUGAUGAGCCUUCAGUGCCGUCAUCUUCAACAAACAUUCAUGACCAACCAAAAGAACCAGACCCAAAGGCUGAAGACCUUGAUCUUCCAGACUUUGAUGUGGUUGAUAAAGGAAUUGAGUAUCAAGAAAAAGAAGAUGAUGGAGCAGAAUCGGUAAAGUCCGUUGGAGAAAGGUCAAUAACAAGUGAAGUUGUUAAGGAAAUUGUGCAUGAUCAGGUCCAUCUUAUAAGAUUAACAGAGCUUGAUUCAAUUGCUCAGCAGAUAAAAGCUCUUGAAUCUAUGAUGGGGGUAGAAAAACCUGCCAAUAGAGAUGAAGAAAUUGGAUCACAGAAACUAGAUGCUGAUGAAGAAACAGUUACCAGAGAGUUUAUCCGAAUGCUUGAGGAAGAAGAAAACAAUGAAUAUAAGUUCAACCAAGUUGAAAUUCCUCAUCUAAAUCUUGAAGGAGCAGAGAACUCUAAAGAGUCUGAAGCUGAUGUUUACCUGCCUGACCUUGGAAAGAACUUGGGCUGUGCAGUUCAAACUAGAGAUGGUGGAUACUUAGCCUCCAUGAAUCCUCUGGAUACUCCAGUGGCAAGAAAAGACACACCAAAAUUGGCAAUGCAAUUGUCAAAACCAUUUGUUCUUCUAUCAAAGCAGUCAAUGAGUGGGUUUGAGCUAUUCCAAAACAUGGCAGCUGUUGGGUUUGAUGAACUGAACUCAAAAAUUUUGUCUUUCAUGUCCAUGGAUGAACUCAUGGGUAAAACAGCUGAGCAGGUAGCUUUUGAAGGCAUUGCUUCUGCAAUCAUACAAGGGAGAAACAAAGAAGGUGCAAGCUCGAGUGCUGCUCGAAUAAUUGCCGCAGUGAAAAACAUGGCGAACGCGAUGAGUGCAGGAAGGAAAGACAGGAUCUCAACAGGGAUUUGGAACAUCAAUGAAAACCCAUUAACAGCAGAGGAGAUUCUGGCAUUCUCAAUGCAGAAAAUAGAGUCCAUGGCAAUUGAAGCUCUGAAAAUCCAAGCUGAAAUAGCAGAGGAAGAAGCACCAUUUGAUGUGUCACCCCUGAAUAUCAACAGGGGAGGAAAGGAUUACACUCACCCACUAUCUUCCUCUGUUUCAUUGGAGGAAUGGAUUAAAAAAUACAGCUUGACAAGUUCAGAAAAUGAAGCAGAAGGGAAUAAUCCACCAGAGACUAUAACAAUGGCAGUGGGUAUCCAGCUGAGGGAUCCACUGAGAAGGUAUGAGGCAGUUGGAGGACCAAUGAUAGCACUCAUAUUUGCAAAGCUUGCUGAUGAGAAGAAGGAAGAAGAUAAAUGUGAAGAGGAAAAGAGAUUCAAAAUGGCAAGCUUGCAUGUUGGGGGAUUGAAGGUGAGGACAAAAGGAAAAAGGAAUGCAUGGGAUAGUGAGAAGCAGAGACUGACAGCAAUGCAAUGGCUGGUUGAAUACGGUUUGGUGAAGACAGGGAAGAAACCAAAACAUGUUCCUUCAAAAGGGCAAGAUCUAUUGUGGAGUAUCUCUUCUCGUGUAAUGGCGGAUAUGUGGCUCAAAUCCAUUAGAAACCCGGAUGUCAAAUUUGCAAAGUGAAAAAAGUAUGAUAUCUAUGUAAUUGACUCCACGGAAGACGGAAUACAGAGAGUAAUACAUUUUUUUUUCUUUUUUUUUUUUUUUGUAUUUAUUAUUAUUAUUUUUUGCCAAAACGGAUACAGAGAAUAAAGACACUUUGCGAAUUGUGAGUGUUAUUGAGACUUUAAGAUCCCAAGAAUAAUACAAACGACAAAUUAUGCAGCUUCCCAUGUAAA